AGGAGAACACGGGAAAUCAGUGACACCUCAAUUGGCUCACUGUCCCAACUCCCAAGCCACCAUUGGCGACCACCGUAAUUAACACCUCUAAGCUGUCCAAAUAUUCUCUCAAUCAAUUAUAAAUACCCCAGUUCUUCGACCACCAUAUUCUGAAUUGAUUUGAUUGUCGUAAAGUCUCUCUUAUUUAUCUGUAUUCAAGCUGUCAUCUUGCUUUUUGACCAAAACCAACGAGCGAUUUUGGAUCCUUCUCUUUGGUGUGUAAUUGAGAAGAUCUGAUUGACAUGGAAAAUCGCAAGGAUGAGAAAAAUGCACCAUGGCUAUCAGUGCCCCAAUUUGGGGACUGGGAUCAAAAGGGACCACUCCCAGACUAUUCUUUGGAUUUCUCAAAGAUCAGAGAGAUGAGGAAACAGAACAAGAGAGAUAUAUCAAGGGCUAGCAUUGGUAACGAAGAAGAACUCAUCUCUUCCAACACUGCCAAACUCAAUACAGCAAACAACAGUGCUCCUCACCACAGUUAUGAGGAGGACCACCACUCUCCAACUGUUAGGAGAAGCAUUUUGUGGUACUUCAAUUGCUGCGCGAAAGCCUGAACCUUUUUAUCUGUUGUUGUAGUAUUAAUUUUGAUGAUAUUAUUAAUUAUGUUUGGUUGUUCAUUCUUGUUUUUCCAUCACUUUGUCAAUGAAACAAAUCCAUUUUCUGAAUCU